CGGGUUUAGCUUCACUCCGCCAAAAUUACUGCCCAUGAUAAGCCUCCGCUCGUUGUCUGCUGGGUUGUCGCUUUUUGCCGUGGCUCAUAUGUCGAGCAUCGCCUCGGGAGGAGGCGGGAUGGAGCCCACGGGGAGCCCUGGUCCUCCUCUGCGUCGGCUCCUGCGGCUAGCCUCCGUGCCGGGUUCCGAGCAGCACCGCCUCAACGACCUGCUAUUGCUGAGUCCCGAAGGCCCGCGGAGCCAGAACGACCAUGUCGUCUUCUUCCCCGGGGACAUCCAGAACUUCCAGCAAGAAAUGGCGCUCCAGCCCGAAGCUGCCCCUUGGCAGUGCUGGAGCUUGGAGCGUGUAGCCGUCAUCUUGGGUUCCCGCUUUCCUGGGCGUCACAUCUGGGUGGUCCGCGCAUCCCACAUGUACUUACAUAAGUUUAGCUGCUACCAGAACUUUGUGGAGAGCAACCUGUUUGGGGCUCCAGAGCACUCUCCAGACUAUGGGGCCCUGCGCCACCUGAGAGGCCUCCUGGGCCACGGCAUGGAGCGGGCGGGCCUCCCAAACCCUCUGCCACCUCUAGGGGGUGCUGCGCCUCUACCUCAGGGUUUCUCCCUGACCUUAGUGGGCUUCAGCAAGGGAUGUGUGGUGCUCAACCAGAUUGUGUACGAACUGGCGGGUGCCAGGGUUGAGCCAGAAUUGAAGCUGUUCCUUGAGAGCAUCUCGGAUAUGUACUGGCUGGAUGGUGGGCACCCUGGAGGCGGCGAGACGUGGGUGACUGACAAACGGGCACUUGGAGAACUGGCAGCCUGUGGAGUGUCUGUGCAUGCUCAUGUCACGCCCUACGAGGUGCGGGACCCCAUGCGAGCUUGGGUGGGUCGGGAGCACCGGCGUUUCAUUAAGACACUUGAGGAGCACAACACCUGCAUCACCCAUAAGCUGCACUUUGAGGACGAGCCGGCGUCUAUUGAAAACCACUUUCGGGUCAUAAAGGAGUUCUGAUUAUUGGCCCAGACCUGUUUCUUAAGCUUUAAAACGAUGAUUUAGUAAAAAAAAAAAAAAUUUAACAAAUUAUACACAAAAGUGGUCAGUCCACCAAAACAUAUUUGGUGUCCAUAGUUUGCUUGUUUAGUUUCGCAGUGGGCGUACAAGGCUUACGAAGCCUUAUGAAUCAUAUUCAAAUUGAAGCACAGGCAGGUACAGUUUUUAUUUGUUGUAGCUCCAGUGCAAAGCUGAAGUAGCAAACUCUGAACACAAACAUGUCUUGGCUGAGUGUAAAUUCGAUUUUUCACUGAACUUGCUUUGACAUGGAAUGUAUUUAGCCACCAAGCACAAAGCCUACUUUCUCAAUUAAGGACUAUUAAAAAGCAAGGCAUCGAGACCAAAUCUCUGCAUAAAGAGCAAGUACUUUGCAUAAUACUGUCACAUGACUGUGAAAUGAGACUUUUGGAACUGCUUGAGUUACUUCUCCCCAUGUAUCCAAAGGGCUUCACCUUUUUCCGCAUAUGCCUGAAAGUCACACAUACUAACGUGGCGCUAAAUGUGCUAAAAGCUCAGUGUAAAUUUAAAUACUUAAUUGUGAAGUUUAUCCUCAUUUCUGCUACUUUCAUGCACCGACAUCCUUGUUCUUGAGCUGUGACACACCUGAAUGUAAAACUGCCUCACAACAAGCUGAAGAAGGCUCUCUGCUCCCUAUGUAGUGCACUGCACAGGUCAUAAAACUUUGGCCUGUAUAACUGAAUAGUGCAUUAAAUGUUAACUGGAGAGUUACACAACUUGUGGCUGAAUAUAAAUGGCAUUUUGUUUGACAUAUAAUACAAAAGCCUUUAUUCCAUGGCCUACAUAUGCAUUGCAUAGGGAGUACGGACUGUUUGGGAUUCAGCCUAGGAUACUUAGAUAAAUUAUGCUUUUCAGUAAUAUCACUGCUGUACAAAAUAGUUGCAGCUGGACAGAUGCUGUCCUUGAAUAUAAUGCAGGCAUGCAGUUUUCUGUUGUUGUCCAUAACCUUAUUGCAGGUUAAAUUGUGAAUCAUUCACAAAAUUUGUUGAAUUAGAGACCAAUGCAGUUUAACAUAAACAUAUGGCCUGUGAUUUGGCCUGGUUGUUUCUUCACUGACUGUCUUAAUGAAAUAGAAAUCUGUAAUCUCUCUUUGCUUGAACGCUAAAAUUAUGUCUGUAAUUACUGUAGAGCUACAACAGUUUCCCUGGCUGAGACUAAAUGGCUGUUUACUAGACACCUGUUUAAAAGAAGUGUAGUAUAUAUUUUGUGUAGGAUUCCAUGAAUAGAAAGCAAGACAAUUUCCUGCUUGAGUACAAUGAAUGCAUUGAAUGUGUUUUAUGUUUUGUAUCAUUCCGCACAUUUGCUAAUGCUAUUUUUUCCUAAUUCAUAAUUGCUUGUUACUUUAUGUUCUGUUACUAAAAUCAGUUUAAAUUAUUA